AAGCGCCAUUUUUUGAUUAGUGAUUAAUACUCUACUCGAACAAGCGCUCGUGCCAGCAUAAGCAUUAAAUAAGUGUCUUGACUUGUCGUCCGCAAUGCUUGUGGGGAUUGUCAGGCUAUCUGACAUUUUUCGCAAAGUUUACUCUUAGCGUGUGCUUUUAAACCCCGGUAAUAAAAUAAGAGCAGGGUCGCGAGUCAGAUAUUUGUGAUCGAUGUAGUACGACUAAACUUUAUAGAUUAGUUUAAUAACUUUAACUUUCUUAUCCUGUUCUUUUAAUGCAUAUGAAACUAUGUUAUAUAAAGAUGUGUUGUAUUUUAUACAUCAUUUUUUUCACGAUCACAUUAGGACAUUUUUUGUAAUAAAUCUUAAAUAGAUGACGUAAGCACCAAAUCUUAUGUAACAUAACAAAAAAGGUUUCCAUGCAAAUCAUAUUUAUAAAGCGAGUCAAAGGUGUGACCUUGUAAAAUAUAGGGGAAUCACCCCAUGUUUUGUAAUGUAAUUUGCGAUGUAAAAGUUUGGCGAGGUCAUGAAGAAGUAAACGUUCAGAGAGCUUAUGUUAUGAAACUUAAUUAUUCCAUGGAGAUUCCUUAUAACACUGCGUUGAAAGAAAUACGAAGUGAGUUGUGAUCACACGACUAAAAAUAUCAACAUCGUGUGCUCCAGACAGUGUAACUUGAAGCCAAAUUUUUAGGCAUAACAUUUUUAAUACUUCAAUCAAUACUUCGAGUGAAGCCAUUUCGAUAGCAUUAUUUUUUUCUGAUUUGAAAAUUAUUAUAUAAAAUAUAUUUUUAAGAGUCUAGGCUAUUAUGCUACUUUAAAAUUUAAUUUUUUUCAACCGAAUUUUUUAAUAGCUGAGAGUCUCAUAUAGGACAGUCCGUGAUUUGCGUCGAGAGAAAAUUUUUGACAUUUUAUUGUCUAAAAUGACCGCAAACGGUUUUUGACGUCACUUCUUCGUAACUACGGGCUAAAGAUUUUAAGUAAUUAUUGUGUUUUCUGUCUCGCCUGUGCGCAAACAUUUUAAAUUGACUGAUGAAAAAAGCAAAAAUUUAAUAAAAGAAUAAAACAACGUAUAGUGCAGUCAGACAUGAAUAAUACUAAGUAUGCUUCCUUAACGGGUAAAAAUUAUCGAUAUGCAAUGAACAAAUUUUUGAGCUGACUUCGUCAAUUAAGGCCCGUUUCCACUCAGGAAAAUUUUCCUCGGAAAAGAAAUAUUUCCGAAUAGCACAUUUGCAGUAUAACAAAACAGAGGUGGUUCUUUUUUGCCGCUGGAAAACUCGGAACAAAAAUAAAAGUUGAAAAUUUUCAACUUUUUUCUUUACGGCGGAAAAAAUAUUUUCAACCAAUCAAAUUGACUUAAAUUGGACAAAAAUGGUAGCUGAAAUUGCUAGGUGUAGAGUAAACAAACAACAAAAUGGCAAACAGCACUAGUAGUGAAGAAACAAGUUAUUUGUGGAGCAUUGAAGCGACAACAGAGAAUUUGUAACAUUGGACAACCAAGAACAUCGCAGAUACGUGUGCAAUAUCCUGUUCGGUUACAUCUUCCCUUCCAUCACCUGUAUCUUGUUUUCAACAACGCUUUUCUGGCAUUAUAAGUCCUGGCAUUGUUUCUGACAUUGCAAGUCCUUCAGUUCCAAGUGCCCAAGAGAAUGCUGAUGACUCAGAACAGCAGCAAGAUCUUGCUGAUAAAUCUACUUGAGAAGAAGAACGUAGAGAACUCUCUGUGCAUGAAAGGUUAGUAAACCUAAUGCCAGAGUACUCGUGCAUAUGAAAAGUAUACUCAACAGAAUACAAAGACAGAAAAAUAAGGUCCUGGGAGUAAAUUUCAAAAAGAUUGGGAGACAUUAAUGUGGAAUAUCUGAAAAAGGAAUGGGAGUAGUUGCGUGACAACUAUCGGAAGUGCCUUCGACGAAGAGAGAAGAUGACAGGUUCAGGGGCAGGCAACAAAAAGCUGCCCACUUGCAAUUUUUUUGCUGAGCUGGAUUUGUCGAAAGACGUUUCACUGCUUCCAAAAACUGCAUCAAAUGUACCCAUACUUAUUGAAAGUCAAACUGUUGACGAUGAUUUGCAGGAGAACGUUGAGCCAUUAAGAAGAAAAUCUGCCAAAAGAAAAGCAGAUUUACAAAUGAGUGUUGAUGCUUUGUUAAUAAAAGCAUUAAGUGAUGACAACAAUAAGGAAGUUGCUCCUUUAAAAGCGGAAAAUGAUUCUGAAACUUCGUUUUUACUUAGUUUAGUACAUACUUUGAAGGAGUUAUCGAACCGAAAACAACAAUAUGCGGACAUGAAGAUAAGUGAACUGUUUUAUAACUUAACAGAGGAAGAAUAAGUUACAUCAUAUACAAUAUGUAUAGACUUAUUAUGUAUAUAUUACAAAGUUAUCACAUAUCUAAAGAAAAAUAUUGCCCCCCAGGUUACCCUGAUGUAGAGGCGACAAAUAGUAUAACACCUGGAGAAUGGUGAAGUGAAACAAAAGAUUGUAAUGGCUUAUUACCUAUCGCUAACCAAGGUUCUAAUAAUUUUAGUAGGUCGGCAGCACAGAUACCAGAUCAAUUUUGCACAUACUUUAAUUCUCAGGCUGGUUCAUUAAGUUGGCAAUGGGAUAUAGUAAAUACAACAGGGUAACCUGGGGGGCAAUAACUAGCCGAUUCGUGUUUCAUUAAAUAAUUCUGGAGAGCCACCACAGCUUUUGUUAUUUUCACAACAGUCUCUAUUUUUCUUAAAGCGCAUAUUCCAAAACAAUUCUCUCUAACCCUCCGUGCUCGAGAAAAGCGGUAGUUACAUAUUCUUUUUUUGCUAUUAAGAUUGCUUCUAGCAUAUGGUUUCAUCAUAAAUCGCUUGAGGGGAAAUGCUUCAUUGCACACAAAAACAUAUGGGAAAUUCUCUUGAGUUCCACGAAGUAUUCGAAUUAUGCCCAACGUUUGAUCGUUUAUUGCGGUUCCAAGGUCACUAUAAAAAAAAACUCCUCCAUUGCUAUUCCGUCCUGACUGACCUACGUCCACUAGCGUAAAUUCGUAAGUGGAAUUACAUACAGCUAACAGAUCUAUGCUGUGAUGCCUUUUAUAAUUAAAAAAAGUAGAGCCAGAUGAUGCAGGUGCUUGUAUCAUAACGUGUUUACCAUCAAUUGCAUCUACGCAGUUUGGAAAGUUCCAUAAUUCUUCAAACUUUUGGGAUAAUUUUUUUCCACUCUUCACUCGUUGUAGGACAUUUCAAGUAGCUUUCUCUCAAUAUUAUCGUCCAAAAAGCUUCGCACGUUUUUGCAACUAUGCGAGCAAUUGAUGUCGGAUUUACGCAAUAACUACAUGCAAUGGAUACUUGGGAAUCACCAGUCACUAGAUAGCGUAAUGUUAAACAAGGUAUUUCUGACGGACUAAUUGCCUCCCUGUGCAAUGAACAUUUCGUAAUAAUUGGAGCAAUCAGGUGCAACAAAUGCUCCAACCGAGUUGGUGACAUGCGAAAUUGUUUAAAAAAGUACUCAUGGUCAAACAAUUUCAUUUCUUGAAUGAGCACAUAAUAUUCACCUUUAAAAGUACGUAAAAUAUUUUACAAACCCAAACAUCGCUUGCUUUGACUUGCUCUAGAUAAUCUUCUUCGCAGCAAAAUUAGUGAAAGCAAGCGUAUAUUUAUUGCAGCCAUUUUUAUUUUUGAUUUCGUUUUCUGAUUUUCCCGCGUUGUGGAAAUGCGGGUAGAAAAAAUUCCGUGGAAAUUUUCCCUGUCCACGGAAAAUUUCCCACAGUGGAAACGGGCCUUUAGACUAUAAGACACGAAUGCAUCAAAUAGAUAAAAAUAGAUGCCUGUUGGGAAGUCAGCUAGUCUUUUCAAUUGUGAAUACUCCGUCUAACGUGAAAAUAAAGGCUAGAACAGCCAAGGUUACUGAGUAGUAUUCUGAUAUAUUGAGACGAUAUUAUGCAACAUCUCAUCCAAUGCCCGAAACUUGAAAUUACCCUUUUUUUGAUUACAUAUAGGUUGGUCUUGACUACAGCAAUCCCUAUCUUAGUCCUUUUCAAGAGUUUCAG